AUCUGUUGUCUUGUAUCCUGUUUACGAAGUCUUUAAAUCACUGAUGCAGAAAAUGUUAUCACAUGAUUAGUUUCAGCCUUUGACAGAUUAUUUAUUUUUUUGCCUGUUAUGGUCUUAUUGGGUAUCUGCACGUCUGUGUGGCUGCACUUCUGUUUCAUGGUGACAUGUGCUGUCAGAGUAAAAUUCAGUCCCUCACACUGAUCUGCAACGAUUUUGAUCACAGAGCACAAUUCUGAGCUCAUAUUCCAGCAUAAUUUAUGACAGGUAUUUGAACAACUACAGCAUAUUUAUUACAAAUACAGGACACCGCUGCUGAUGUAUGCGUCACUUGGUGUCAUUGCUGUAGUUAGGAGUUUUACUUGAGUAGCACACAAAGUGAAAUCGGAACUCUUAACUAUGUUAAUGAUCCCAAGCUGGCACAAUGUGGCAGAUGUAACCAUUCAGUUCUACAGUGCAAAUGAGGCUAUAGAGUCUCAGUUAAGGAUGUAACGAUGCAUUCCAAGCCAGGUGAAAAUAUGUGACGAUUCAUAUCUGUUGAGAAGUUAAAUGAAUUGCGAUACAUGUUUUAAACAGCAGGGGCGCUGAAGCUGUAUACUGUGACCUCACUUUACAGGCGCGAUAGCAGCGAGCGAGUUGUAGUGUUAGUAGCAAACAUGGCUGUAGCAAGUUGACGAUGCCCCAUCCUCAUUGAAAUCAGACGUGUGGUGGCAUUUUGGCUUUCCAAAGACUACAAAUGAAAGCAGUGAGGUGGUAACAGACUAAACAAAAUCCGUGUGCAGAUACUGCAAGAGGAUGUUAAUGUACACUAAUUGCACAACAAACAUGAUGCAGCAUAUAAACCGUCACCAUAGUGAGAAGCUCCAGUCACCUCCGUCUGCAUGUAAAAAGCUAUUAAUAGGGCAAACCACACUGACCGGCGGAUUUGCAGCAUCAUUCACGGCUACGAGUGCAAGAACCCCAUAGAUCACAGGGUACAAAACAGAUACCUCUGUCCCUAGUGAAAGGGUUUUUUCAUCAGCAGGGGACAUUGUGAAUGUGCAGAGAUCUCAGUCAGCUUCUGCUGGAAAAUGUGGAUAUGCUAAUAUUUCUUUCAAAAAAAUUAAUUUUUUUCAUAAAAAUUAAAGCUAGGAAUUAGCAACGGCAAAGCUUUAAUUUGUUUAUAUGAAGCUUGUUUAUAUAUUUCUUUUAUUUGUAUUUAUUUAUUUGAUUUGGGAUUUGUAUUAAAAUUUCAGAUUAGUUUUCGUUUGAUAGAAGAUACACUACAAGUCAAAAGUUUGGAGACACUUGACAGAAAUAUUUCUCAUGAUCUUAAAAACCUUUUGAUCUGAAGGUGUAUGAUUAAAUGUUUGAAAUAUGUGUUGUAGACAAAAAUAUAAUUGUGCCAACAUAUUAAUUUCUUUCAUUAGAAACAUUUUAUUUACAAAUUUAUUUAUUUAUUUUUUUAUCUGGCCGACUUGGAGUGAAGUAUUCCAAAAAGCAGCCAAUAAGAGUCCAGCGUAGGUGUGAACUCCUUUAAUACUGUUUAAAAAGCACCUCAGGGGGAUUCCUCAAGAAAUCGGUCGAGAAAAUGCCAAGAAUACAUUUCUGGAAAUUCUAGGCAAAAAGGGUGUCGACAUUGAAGAUGCUAAAAUACUAAAUUAUUUUGAUUUAUUUUGGUUUUUUUAUCACAACAUAAUUCCCAUAGCUCCAGUUGUGUUCCUCCAGAAUUGUGAUAACUUUAUUAUCAUUCUAAAAUGGGGGGGUUAAAGAAUGAGUGUGUUUAAACUUUUGACUGGUAGUGUAUUUCAAUUUCACAAAGGAAUGUGCAGCAUGUUCUCUGAGAAAUAAUAACAGGACACUUUUAUUUAAAAGUGUAACAUUUAUAAUUUGUCUUAAAUCUCAUUUUGUAAAAAAAAAAAAAAAAAAAAGCGAAAAUUGUAUCAUGAAACCCGAGUCGUAUCGCAUCGUGAGUUGAGUGAAUCGUUACAUCCCUAGUCAAGUUUGUGAGGUGUUGUCAUUUGCAGUAUCAGUCAUCUGGCCUUUUCCUAUGGAAGUACGUGGUUCUUGGCCAUGUCUGUGGUGUUCCGGAUUUGAGAUUUAUGGCUAUAGUUGUGACAUGAUUGAGUUAACGAUUAGGGAAGUGCAGUUACCCUGCCAGUCGCUUAUACAGCUGGCUGCCAGGCUUGCUGGAGGUAGGUGGCGGAGUGUUUUCCCCAGCAUGGCCUGCAGUUUGCUGGAGAUGAGAAGAAGCUGCCUGUGUGAGAGCAAGUGAUUACAGGGUGUGUAAACAGGUCUGAGGAAGAAAGAGAAGGAGAGUCCUGCUGCAUUGGAUGGUGAGCAGGAACAUGACUUUCAGCACCUCCAUUAAUGCAGGGUCACUGAUCCCAGGCCAGCUCUAGGCUCACGACAACACAGAUGUUCUAAACAAAGGCAGGAUUGUGUGCAAGAGCUGCUCUCUCUCUUCCACUCUUUCUACCCAUUUUCCUUCUCGCGCUCUCAUGCUCGGUCUUCAUUUCUGAUCAGGCAUUCAGGGAGUGCUUCCGUGGCACCACUUCUCUUGGUUUGUGUAUGCUGUGUUUUUUUGUUUGUUUUUUUUUUCCUCCACUUAGACAUGAACUGGUCCCUAUGCAGCAUAUCUGCAUCAUUUCUGCUUUAGGAUAAAGCUAUUAUGCAGAGCUUAUUUUAUUGCUUCAGGUUAAAGCCAAGCUUAGCUGGUGACAUCACCCCUAAUGACCCUUCUCUAACCUUCACCCGGUUCUUAUGCUAGUAGCUAAAAGAGCCACACACGCAUGCUUUUAAAUGCUAGCCAUGCAGCAUGCGGUUACAGGCGGUUGAAUGGCGCUAGUCAGAGCGAGUGAAAACACUGCGGGCUCUCCAGAGCUGUUGCUCCAUUCAUAAAAGAGCUUUUUGAAAGGGAAUGCCAGUUCAGACAUUUUGGUGUGGGAACUAGGGAAUUUAUGCUGGCCUGCAGCUGCACAGAUCAGAGCUUGGCGCGCACACAGUUUGUCUAGUCGCUGAAGAAAAACAGGAAGGCCAAAAAAGCUGUUUGGUUCCUGAGAGAAUGUGGGAAGAAUGUAGGGCUGCAAAACUGCUAUAUUAAUAAUGUAAAAUCCUGUGAGACAGGAAGUCAUCUAUAUCAUGUGAUGUAAAUGAAGGUGAAGUUCAGGAGCAAGGAUUAUAAGGUGGAUAGAUGUUUCUAUGAAGCAUGUGUAUAAAGAGUUUAAUUUUGCACAGAACAAAAAAUAUAUUAAUAUAAUGUAAAAAAUAAAUAUGUAUAAUAUAUUUUUUGUCCUUUGCCAGAAAUAGUAUUGAUUUAAAGGCAACUGCAAUCUCUCAAGUGUUUGACAGAGGGGCAAUCAGUUACAGGAUUUUCCACAAAACUAAACAGCCAAUUGUUUAUAUGGUUUGUCAUCAUGCGCAGGCUCUGUGCUUCACUCAGCGAGGUGUUAUUGCAUCAUUUCAGCAAGAUGUAGAUCACUUUGUGUAUAAUGAGUCAGAUAUUCAAACUGUUUGAGCCAGCUGAGCCCCUGUAUUUCUCCGGGAAGAACAGUAUUUGCAGUUUGUACCUCUAACUAGGUUUUCCUUCAUAGAUCCCCACGUUAAUGGCAUAUAAGUUAAUAUCUGAAGUCGGUAAAAUAUUAUGUUUCACACUGCAUGCGUCCUUCGCAUGUCCAUCAGUUUCAAAUAUUUAUGUACGUUUUAAAACUGCAGAGAUAAUUGACAUAAUCUGUACGACUUCCAGCUGAACGCUGCAGCAGGUGUGCACUCAGGAUGACAGAGCAGAGGUUGAACACUAUAAUUUUCUUAUGAUUAUCGCCUCUGUCCUUUAUGCAUUUCUGAGUUACGGCCUUACAGGGGACAGUUGUUUGACAGUUGUAUUGUUUUGCACUGCAGUGAGUUCAAACCUUGAUCUAAAAAAACAAUAAAAUGACAUGUGAACAGAAGUGCACCUGAUUGAGUGGGAGUGUUAGCAGGGACGUGCUUGUUGUAGUUGGUUGCCGACUCUGAAGGUAAGUGCUGGGCCGGUCUCCCGUGAGGAGGAUUAGACUGAUUAAUGCUGCAGGUUGCAGUUGACAGAUGACUGCCAUUAUCCCCACAAAUCUGCCUGACAUUUCACAGAAGAAGGCGAUCAUUCAGAGGGAUGGAGAUCUGUGGAGAAGCUGUAUGAAUUUACAGCUUUUACAUUUUCACUUACUCGCUAAUUCGUAGGAGAGACUAAUUGUGGAGCAUCACUUUUUAAGGGCGAUUUAUUUAUUUAUAUGUAUAUAUAUUUUGUCACUUUUGCUCAAAAUAUGGUGCUAUACAUGGCCUUUAUGCAUCUGUAGUUCAAAUUUAUUGAGACUUAAGCCAGUGUUUUUCACUCUGAAUCAAAGGUGCGUUUAUUUUUUUUUUAUUAAACAGUCCUUCCAGGAUUUUGCGAUUGCAGAAAUUAACGCAAACUCUGCAAUAUUCAGAGCUGGCAAUUUUUCUAAAUUACUGCAGAUAUUCUUCAGAUUUGGGCCAAGACACGUCAUUUGACGUCAUCACACCGCGCAUUCGGUCAGAGCCCUCUUCGAUUCACGUAUGUCGAACAUGAGUACAGCUAAACGGUCUCAUUUACCAACAAACAUCACUGCGAAAGGCCGUGCAAAAUUCAAGUAGUUUUCCACACACAGAAAAAAACCUACAAAAAACUUUAAAAAAAAAAAAAAAACAACAAAAAAAAAACAACAUAUUUUGCGAUGCAAAUUGCAUCGCAUAUGUUGGAAAAAAAGCAGCAGCAAAGCCAAGCAUUUUUGGCCGCAACAAUCACAAAAAAAGCUCCAUGAAAUCCUGUACGGACUGAUUAAAGCACAGCUUCUCUAUAUGGAAUCUUUAAAUAGGAUUUGUCUCAUUUCAAAUCUACAGACUCUGUAGUAAUCCAUUCUUUUCUUUGAUUAGUCCUCUACUGGUCUUUCAUCAUAAUGCAGCAGUCUUUUGCCUGUCUCAUGGCCAAAACGACAAACUACUAAUAUUGCUGUGAGGAUUUAAUAUCAUUGAACAAAGGCAGCACUAGUCAGUCUGUUGUAUCAUGUCAGUGUCAGUGUGCCAGGCUCCGUGACAGCUUGUCACUUUGGAGAGCCUCUUUCCCCCCUUAUUUCUCCUGCAGUUAAGGAGAGGCUACCCUGAUUCUCACACGACUUGAUGGCCUUCAAUUUAAUCUGCUAAAAUCAGGAAUCUGGCUAUUCUUGGGCACAGGCACACAAUCCUGCACUGUAGCCCCCGUGGCGUUUGAUUACGACUUCUAUCUGACUUUGAUUUGAAAUUAGAAGCUAAAUAGUCUGUGUAGCAUAUCAUGUGUAAGAUGUCAGAUUUCAGAGUUAUUUUAUUUGGGUAGGUACUUUGCAUUGAAAUUAUGUUAAGAAAUAAUACUUCUCACUUUUAUGAAACAAACCAAUAAUUUAUAAAAACUAAAGUCGAAACAAUGCUGAAGUUUUAUAAAUUGAUUUACAUUAUGGAAUGCCUCGUUGUAACCUACAUGUUAUUUAAAAAAAAAUUCAUUUUGUAUAUCUGUGCAUACAUUACGUAUUUAGUCUGUAUUUUCAUAAAUACAAAAAGAAGUACUUCUUUUCUGAAUGUUUUGACAUUAUUUCUGUUUAACAAUACAGUUUGAUCACUUUUUCAUUUUUAUUUCAUGUUGUGUUGUGAUAGUGAUAGAUUAUCGCUGUGCUUUGAUGUUCAGUGUCUCUCCUCAUUCCUUAUUCUUAAACCUUCCAAACCAUUAAGCUAAUUGGGCCAUGGUUGUAAUUGUCCUCUUAACCCAGUUUGCUGGGGGCAGGCCACUCAAGUGGAUAUCACUUUAAGAUGUGACAUGCUUCAGGAGGACCAAAGAAGGAGUGUACACUAAUCUCCUGUUUAACAGAGUCUGGGUUAGAGCGACUGCGUCAUCUCUCCCGCACAUAAUUGGCUCUCAAGCUGUGGGUUAGUGGCUCUGUCUGUCAGAUCUGUGGGUUCUGUAACGGCCGCUUUUUCGAAUUAAGCCCAUGUGUGUUUCAGAGCACACGACAGCUUCUGAGACUCCUUGCACACACGCACACACCUCCUAACUCCCUGACUUUCUCUCCUCCUCCUCUCAUUCUCUUGUCUACCUCUCUCCUGGCCUUAUGUCCUCGGCUGUGUGAGGAUGUGCCCCAGGGCCCUGAUCACACCUGAUCAAUAACAGUUCACCGCCGGCUGGAGCAAAGGCAAUCGCUAGUCCUCUCUGCGGUCAGACAUGGGGUUGUCCAGCCCAGGACCUGUGACCACAACUGGAAAGUCACCAGCUCCUUUUUACUCCUUCACAGGCUCCAAUCCACGAAGGCGCUCUCUCCAGGACCCGUCUCCUCUGGAUCCUCUACAGGCAAAGAAAGUACGCAAGGUUCCCCCUGGCCUGCCAUCGUCUGUGUAUGCACCAUCCCCCAACUCGGACGACUUCAACAGAGAGUCUCCUUCCUAUCCUUCCUCCAAACCUCCCAGCAGUAUGUUUGCAAGCACUUUUUUCGACGCAACCCACAACUCCUCUGACCCAUGGAACUCGUCCAAUGGUAUAAGCCAGCCAGCUUAUGGGGGAAUGCUGGGAGGAUCUUCAUCUCACAUGCCACAGUCUGGAAACUACAGCAGCCUGCACUCUCAUGACCGCCUGAACUACCCCCCACACUCGGUGUCCCCCACAGACAUCAAUGCCAGCCUGCCGCCUAUGUCCAGCUUCCACCGCAGCACCGCUAGCAGCUCGCCCUUCGUCACCGCAUCACACACCCCACCCGUCAACACCACAGAGGGAGUUAUGGCUGCAGCCAACAGAGGUAACGCAACUGGAAGUUCUCAGACUGGAGAUGCACUGGGGAAAGCGCUCGCCUCGAUUUACUCUCCUGACCACACCAGCAGUAGUUUCCCCUCGAACCCGUCAACCCCGGUGGGCUCACCCUCUCCGCUCACAGCCCAAGCGGGCGCCGCCUCAGCAGGUACAGUGGUGACAGCGAGCGGCCCACCUGGAAGGGCAGGUACUACCCAGUGGCCCCGUGCAGCCGGACAGACCCCGUCUUCCCCGAGUUAUGAGAACUCUCUCCACUCUCUGUCUCGGAUGGAGGAUCGUUUGGACAGACUAGAUGAUGCGAUCCAUGUCCUCCGGAACCACGCCGUAGGUUCUACCGCCUCUCUGCCCAGUGACAUCCACAGUUUGCUGGGACAGACACACAACGGACCAAUCACAGCCAUCGGCACCAACUUCCCCACAUCCGGAUUGGUCACCAGCAGGACAGCAUCUAUGGGUCCUGCUCAUCGUGAAGAGACAGCUAGUCUGAACGCGAACCACACAGGGCUGCAGAGCACCCCCGGGCCGGCCUCUAGCGCCGAGCUCAAUCACCAGGCUGACACUUUCAGAGGUUCCCAGUCUUUUGCUCUCAAAUGCCUCUCUGGUAGCCUGGCAUCUCAGGUGGCUUCAGCUCUGGAGCUUAAGAUUGAGAAUCAGGACAAAGACGACAUGCAUGAUAACCACUCAUCUGAUGACAUCAAGUCUGAUGACGAGAGUGAUAAAAGGGACAUUAAGACGCCUAGAGGAGGGACUCGAACAAGCAGCAUUAAUGAGGACGAGGACCUGAACCCGGAGCAGAAGGCGGAGCGUGAACGUGAGAGGAGAAUGGCCAACAACGCACGAGAGCGGCUGAGAGUGAGAGACAUCAACGAGGCGUUUAAGGAGCUGGGCCGCAUGUGCCAGCUGCACUUGAAGAGUGAGAAGCCCCAGACCAAACUGCUCAUCCUGCACCAGGCCGUUGCAGUCAUCCUCAGCCUGGAGCAGCAAGUCAGGGAGCGGAACCUUAACCCCAAAGCAGCCUGCCUUAAGAGGAGAGAGGAGGAGAAGGUUUCUGGUGUUUCGGGGGAACCGCAGCAGACUCAUCCAUCUGUUCACCCCGGGCUUACAGACACAUCUAACCCCAUGGGCCAUUUGUGAGCACUAGGCAGAUCAAAGUGAUGCAGAGGGAGUGUGUAAGAUUGCAUUGGUGACCUUGCUAUCCAAGGGCAGACAGGACUCACAGCUUGUGACACAAAUUUGAAAAGACAGAGACCACUCCAAGCUAAAUUCCAGUCAAGCGACCCUGAGCUCGAAGAAAACUGGCAAACGCCGAACUUCCUCCAAAGUCCAAAAUUGUAUAGCAAAUUUCUGCCCACGAGAAACAUUCUCACAAAAACCCGAAAGCCCUUCAGCACAUAUCACUGUCUGCAAAGCAGUGUGUCACAUCUGUACAAUCAGAGACUGUCGCAGUCCCCCUCCACCCUCCAUGUGGAAGUUGCAUUGUGCCUAAACUGAAUUGACGAAUGCAUUGUAACAGCAAUUGUUUUUCUUUUUUUUUGUUGUUGUUUUUUUUGUUCGUUUUUUUUUAUUGUUUUUUUUUUUUUUUCUAUUUAUUAUGUUACUAUAAUGAACUAUGAACUAUAAAGUCUAUGUUUAAAGGGAAAGUUAUGACAUUGCUUUAAGAAGCUGUUUGGCAUUUCAGUAGAUCUUCAGUUUGCCGAGCUCUGAGUGAUUCUGCUGGAGCAACACUGUGGAAAUGAUGCUCUGGGCCACAUCACGGAUUUAAAGCAUCCAACUAGGAUAAGAGCCUCUCAUGUCUGUGGCGUUUUUGAAAUGAUCCAAGUCUCAAAUGUCCUCCCCUUUGUUUGUCUAGGAAAAAAAAAAAGAAGAAGAAAUAAUAUAUUAUUUAUAUUUAUGAUAGAUUCAUUCCACGAACAACAGCAUGAGAAACCAAAACUACCUAAUGAUGCAUGUUUAGUUGAGACUCCAGGAACGCAGACUGUUUAGUGUAGUGGAGAGAUGAGCGUGUUUUUUUUGCUCCUUCCUCUGUCCUGCAGAUGCAAGGCCCAGAUGGCAAACUGGAGCUUUACUGAAAGGUCAGAGGUCAACCACAGGCUGACAUGUUUAUAGUCAUUAGUAAGUAGUUCAAGUACAGAGAGCAGACCAUUUACUAAACCCUAGCAUUCCCUGCAUACUUCAUAGUGUCUUAACCGAAGGAAAGAAGGACUUCUCACGAGUUCCUUUGAGUUCUUCAGCCAUAUAGUGUUAAAUGGGAAGAAAAUGGCAGAUUUCCAUUUAUUGCAGUUUGUUGGUUUUUCUGAUCUUACAUUAUUUGGUCUCUGCUUAGUUGAACAGCAGUGGUCUUCUAUCCUUAGCCUCAAGCUGAGAAAUUAGACAUAGCUAAUAUCAGACAGAGUAGACUCAAAACGAUGACCACAGCAUCACCUGGCCUGAAUUGAAGUUUUGCUUGAUUUUCUUUCUGUCUAAAACCAGUAACAUAUAUAUAAAAAAAAAAAAAAAAAAAAGACAAAAACCACAAAAAAAAUCAUUACUCUAAGUAACCACAACGUUAUAUGUUUAUUUGUAAUUGUAUACAAAGCAUCUUUCUAGGCUUCAUAGUAAAGCGUAUAUUGUCCUGUGUGAAAAUAGAAGAAAGAUAUUCUAAGUUACUUAGGAUGGAUUUGUCUCUCCCCCAAAGCAGUGAAGUACUUGAUACAGUGGUGUGUGUGUGAGUGUGUGUGUGUGUGUGUGCGCGCACAAUGCCCGAAAUUCAAUCGCUGUGACAAGAAAAUCAGCAACCAGGCGAAACCAUGAACAAAAGCAUUUUUUUAUAUCAAGAAUCAACAUCGUCUUUUUUUUUUUUUUCCAGUGUAUUUUUUCUUAUUGAACAUAUUUUGGGUCUUAAUUCUUUCUCUUUAGAUUCUUUCUUUCCCUCUCCCCCUUGUCUUCCAUAUGCAUGCUCAACUCCUCAAACAAAACUGCCACAUCAGAAAGACAAAGUCUGAAGAACAAAACGCUAUUGCAGAAAUCUAGACUGGAUCUCAGUAUUUUAAAUCUGAUUUCUAUUUACUCUCCCUCCAGCCCCCCCUCCUCUUUGUUUUCUUUUCUUUUUCCGCCCUUUUUCGAAAUCUUCAUGAUAUCUAUAUUCGUCUUUGUGGCCUUGUUAUACAUUUCAGUAUUGAAGAGAGUGUCAUUGCUGGCUGAGGUCGAUCGAGGUUCUGUCAUCUUUGUUAGUUGUCCCGUUUUCCUUUUUUUCCUGUGUUUUUUUUUCUGCUUUUUUUUUUUAUUAUUCCUUUGCUCCUCUGUUGGAUAUGUUAGACUUUGCUGUAUGCCCUGAUGCUUUCCCUCAUAAAAAGUAUAUGAAAAGGAUAAAAAAAAAAAAAAAGAAGAAAAAAACAACAUUUGGCUUAUUUUUCACUGUAGUUAGCCUUUUAUACAAUAAUAUUGUAAGAACAUUUCUUGAAUUCUAAAUAUUACUCUUUCUAGAUUUUUGAAAUCAAAAGUUUUGAGUAAAAAGUUUCUUACUUUAUUUUACUAUAUUAGAUAGUAAAAAAAAAAAAAAAAAAAAGUACGGUUAUUUACAAUAACCUGUCCACUAUUAUUGAGAAUUUAUGAAUAGCAUCUUAAGAGCAUAAAGUAGGAUUGUAGCUCGAGGUGUAGUGUGUAUGGGGUGUUGUACGAGCUUGAUGUUCUAUAGGAUGUGCUCUCAUCUCUGGCUCUAGUCUGCAUUGUUGGUGGAUUAACAGAUUUGUACCCCUGUCCAAAUCCAAGGUAUUGUCGAACAUCAAGAUUAAAAGAAACCAGCAGCAAGAAGUAAAUUUCUUUUCUGUCUCUGUAACAGAAAACUCAAUAUGUAUAUAACAUUUAUGUAGCAAUAAAUGUGCCAUCUUUUUUAUCAAGACUGUACGUGCGUUUUAUUUCCUUCUCUUGACAAACUCUUUCCUGUUUCACCUUCCAGUGCUUUUCAUUUAUUAAUUGAAACCUCAUGUAUAUUUGUUGAGCUUGUGUACAAAAAUGUAUUCAUAAGAUAGGGUUCUUACGUAUACAGUCCUGCCACAGCAUCUCCUCUUUAGAAGACUUUUCUACAGUGGAUUUAGGCCAAAUGAAGAACUCUGUGCAACUCCAUGCAAGAGUAUGUUUUAUACUAUGUAACUGAUUUUUUUUUUGAAGGCAUAUCAGUGGACCAUUGUAGUCUGUAUCAAAAGAAGUACUAUGGAGCAUAUGUUUCUAUUUUUAAUAAAGUGUGAUAGCAGCAAGCCUG